AUUUUUGCCAUGUUCUUUACGGCAAAUAUUGUUUUUUCCAUGAAAAAAGCUGAUAUUUGGCAAUAUUUUGGGUAAAUUUCUCUGGCUCGGAAAGGUACCACCACCCUUUUUUUUUUCCAGAAUAGCCCCUGAUUUAUACAUGUUUUAUAUUUAUUUAUAGAUAUGAACUAGAUUUGAAAAUUUUGAACUUUCAAAUCAGAAAGUUUUCCGAAAUAUUUUACAAUGAUUUUGUUUAAUAUAUUAAACUAUUUUAAAAUUAUUUCAUUAUUAAUGCACACAAAAUUUGAGAUUAACACAGGCAUCCAACUAAGGUUUGUUUUGGAAUCUGAUGUUUGCAAAAUUGAUCCAGAAGAUUUCCCAUUUGUGCUUAGAUCUGAUACUUCAAUCAUUGUGCUUCAACCUAAUGAAAACUGGAAUGAGAAUAAAAGAGAAAUCUUAAAAUCCUUAAAACCCCCAUUAUGGAGGCAUCUGCUGGUGGAACUGAUACCUUACACAGAAGUAAUAUUAUUGAUGCCAUUACUCCAUCAUUUCAUUUGACUAACAAUGAGAUAACUCAAACACCUUCUAACUCUGCAUCUGGUGUUUUUACGAGUCAAACAUCACUUGAGUCUUUUUUGCUCCAACAUAGCAAGUCCAAGCAGCAUAUGUUGCGUUUGAAAACUGUUGGGUAUGGCAUUGCUGAAAGGAUCUCCAUCACCUAUGUCACAGCUGCUAAAGUUAUUGACUUGUAUGGUUUUUACCCUCCAAAAGAAAAACUAAAUAUGUUGCUGCAAGAUUUUAAACGCAUGCAUCCAGAUGCAGCUGAUUGUUUUAUCACGCACAUGUUGACAUUGGUUCUGUCUAUACUUGCCUGCUGUUUGAACUCGACAUUAGAGUAUCUACAAGAAUGUACCAAAGAGGCGGCUAUUGGGGGUUUAAAUGCUCAGGUUACGGCUGCUAUUAAAGCAUUGAUCUUUUUAUUACCAAUGACUGGGAAAAAAAACAAGCAAAGGAAUCAUUUGAUUUACUUAUUACGUAUGUGGAGAAAUGAGCAGCCAAGAUACAGAAGGCGACGAAGAAGUUUCUGCAUUUUUUCGAAAUGUUCAAGAGAUCAGAGCCGAAGAGCUCUUGCCAACGGAAGUAAUGGGCAAGCUAAGUGAGGAAUUUUGUUGUUG